AUGUGCCAUAAUUCAUUACUGAAAAUCGAAAAUUUAGAUAAUUUACUUGAGCUAAAGACAUUAAACCUAUCCUUUAACAGAUUUGAUAAAUUUGAAAAUUUAUCUCAUUUAGCAAAUUCUUUACACAACUUGAAUUUGGCCAGAUCAAUUGUGCCAUAUUUAUCCGAAGAAGAACAUGAACAUGAACAUGAACAUGAACAUGAACAUGAAGAGGAAUGGGAGCCAUUAUCUUUUGAGAAUCAAUCAUAUUUAUUUGGUUUUUUAGACCCAAAUUUUUUCAAUCAUACCAAUAGAAUGAACAAUGUUUUGGCCGACAAUUCACUCCUUAAUCAUACGGAGUCUGAUAUAAUAAACACAGAAGAUGAUACAGAAAACAGUACACAUAUGACUCAUGAUUAUAAUACUCAAAGAUUAAUAGAUUCAGUUUCCUGUAUAAAUGAAUUGAUAAAUUUAAAAUCAUUUAAUAUCAGCGAAUCUCCACAAUUUUUCAACACUUUACCUUUUUCAAAUGAGCAUAAAUUUCCAUUCAAUAACUUGAAAAAAUUGACUCAUUUAGAUAUUAAAUUUUGCGAUUUAUUUAGAAUCGAUUUAUCCUCAUUAACCAAGUUAGAAUCUUUAAAUCUUAGUGGUAAUCAUUUUGGUGGCAUUUCACUCUUUGAUGACUUUCCUAUAAGAUAUGUUUUUUUCUUUAAAUUACACAACAGUAAUUUGAAAAAAUUAAAUUUAUCAAACAAUAAUAUCAAAUCAAUUGACGAUGUAAUUAGUUUAAACAAAAAUCAUAUUCUAGAUUUAGAAAUGUUGGACUUAAGCAAUAAUUAUAUUCAAACAGUUCAAGAUAUCAACGUAUUUGAAAAAUUAAAAAAAUUAAAUCUAAGAGGCAAUAAAAUUAGGAAAAUUAAUUAUAAUCAAUUAAAUCAAUUAAAAAACUUGGAAAAAAUUUUAAUUGAUAGUGAAUCAUUGAAAAAAUUAAUAUUGAAAAAUAGAUUCAAUAUUUUAAGAUCUAGAAAGAAAAAAAAGGUUUCAAAAAAUGUUUUGAAUAAAAUAGUUGAAUAUAGAAUUAAAAAUUCUUAUUUUUCAAUGCUUUGA